UUCUUUUAUUCCUCUUUAUUAUUACUAUUUUAUUUUUUUUUUUGUGCACUAAAUCCUUUGGGGGACAAAAGAACUUCUCUGGGAGAAGGCUCUGAGACUGCAUGUCCCAAGAGUACGCUCUGCAGGAGGCGAAGGGAGACGCGGUUUGCUUCGUACCUGGCUCUCCUCUCUUCUCCGUGCUGAUGGAGCCAGCAUCCUUCUGCUACCCCCGGCUCACCUUCCUGCGCUCGCCCUACGGCCAGUUCGGGGCCAGCGCUGGCUCUUCCCAGGAUUUGGCCCCGUGGCCGCAGCGUUUGGUGCCGCAGAGGUGGAGCAGGCCAGUGGAUGAGUCUCCACCAGCAGCGAUGUCAAGAAAUGGAUACUUCUUUGAAGAGAGUGGGUACCUCAAGUGCGACACGGACGAUGUGAAGGAGGAAGGGGCGGGCGAGGAGCUCUUCGACGGCGUCAACUCCACCAUCGUGUCCGGGGACAGCAUCCGCUUCUUCGUCAACGUCAACCUCGAGGGCCCUCCCAGCGCCACCGCUGAAAGUGAAGGUGCUGGCUGCGUGUUACUGCACACAUCAAGGAAGUACCUGAAAUUAAAGAAUUUUGAGGAGGAGGUCAGAGCCCAGCGAGACCUGGAUGGUUUCUUGGCCAGAGCCAGCAUCAUCCUGGAUGAAACAGCCACGUCCUUGGACGAUGUUCUCCGGGAGAUGCUGAAACACUUCGCCGAGGAUCCUGAGAACAUGGAGCCCAGCUGCAACUUCGAAAAAAUCAUGAACACUUUAUUCACAGAUUCAGGGACCCCACGGGAAGGGAAUGGCACCCCUGAUGUUUCAGAGUCAACAGGAAUGAAUGUACAAACAUGUCCAUCGCACCUCAAAUUUCACCUCUUAUCAGACACAAUUCAAGGGGUCACAGCCACAGUCACGGGGGUGCAGUAUCAGCAGUCCUGGCUCUGUAUCAUUUGCACUAUAAAGUCCCUUCAGCGCCGUCACGUUUGCAUCAGCCGCCUGGAGAGGCCUCAGAACUGGGGUGAGAACUCCUGUGAAGUCAGAUUUGUCAUCCUGGUCCUGGCUCCUCCCAAGAUGAAAAGCACCAAAACAGCCACAGAAGUGGGCAGGACCUUUGCCACGAUGUUUUCUGACAUAACCUUCAGGCAGAAGCUCCUGGAAACCAAAACUGAGGAGGAGUUCAAGGAGGCCUUGGUGCACCAACGCCACUUGCUGACAGUGGCAAAUCAGAGACCCUCAGGGAUGAAGGAUGGGCACAAGUCACAGGGUAACAAACCACUCAAGCUGCACGACUUUCUCAAUAUUGGCAAGGGGAUUUCUGAUGACAUUGCACGAAGAUUCCCAGUGUACGCGCUGGACUUCACCGAUGGUAUUAUUGGGAACAACAAAGCUAUUGGGAAAUACAUCACCACCAUGAUCUUUCUGUACUUUGCUUGCCUCCUUCCAUCCAUUGCCUUUGGGUCCCUCAAUGAUGAAAAUACCCGAGGAGCUAUUGAUGUGCGGAAGACAAUUUUCGGGCAGUGCAUUGGAGGGCUGCUCUACGCCCUCUUCUCGGGGCAGCCCCUGGUUGUGCUGCUGACCACGGCUCCCCUGGCCCUCUACAUCAAUGUCAUCCGAGGAAUCUGUGACGAUUAUCACUUGGAUUUCAGCGCUUUCUAUGCCUGGAUUGGACUCUGGAACAGCUUUUUCCUUGUGAUCUAUUCCCUCUUUAAUUUCAGCCUCCUGAUGAAGCUCUUUAAAAGGUCAACAGAAGAAAUAAUUGCACUUUUUAUAUCCAUCACAUUUGUGCUUGAUGCCAUCAAAGGCAUUGUUAAAGUUUUUAAGAAAUACUACUACCACGGGCACACAGGAGGUGUAAAAUCACGGGCUGAUGCUAUCCCAGGGCUGGGCAUCAACACCACCUUCUUGAUGAACUCCUCAGUGAGUGAGAACCAGACCUGCACUCACGAUGGGCACUACGGGCGUGAGACCGCCGUGCUCAGCCUCAUGUUGAUGUUGGGAACCCUUUGGCUCGGCCACACGCUCUACCAGUUCAAGAAAAGCCCAUAUUUGCACGCGAGGGUACGUGAAAUUCUGUCCGACUGUGCCUUACCCAUUUCAGUCCUGACCUUCUCUGUUGUGGGUUCCUAUAUCUUCAAGGAAAUUGAAAUGUCCAAAUUUAACUACAACGCCUCUGACAGCUUGUUUGUGCUGGCCCCUGUGCAGUCCCUGUCCAUUGGGUCGGUGAUGAGUGCCAUGGGGCUGGGAUUUCUCCUCUCCAUGCUCUUCUUCAUCGAGCAGAACAUCGUCGCGUCCCUCACCAACGCCCCGGAGAACAGGCUGGUGAAGGGCACAGCCUAUCACUGGGACCUGCUGCUCGUGGCACUGAUCAACACGGGGCUGUCGGUCUUCGGGCUGCCCUGGAUCCACGCAGCCUUCCCGCAUUCCCCCAUGCACGUCCGGGCCCUGGCCUACGUGGAGGAGAGGGUGGAGAGUGGACACAUCUACGAGACGAUUGUGAGCGUGAAGGAGACGCGGCUGACGAGUCUGAUGGCAAAUUUCUUGGUGGGGCUGUCACUGCUGCUCCUGCCCUUCCCCCUGCAGUGGAUCCCAAAGCCGGUGCUCUUCGGCCUCUUCCUCUACAUCGCCCUCACCUCCAUUGAUGGCAACCAGCUCUUUGAAAGGGUGGCUCUGCUGCUCAAGGAGCAGACUGCUUAUCCUCCGACCCAUUACAUCCGCAGAGUUCCCCAGAGGAAGAUCCACUAUUUCACAGGCCUGCAGGUCCUGCAGCUCCUCAUCCUUUGUGGCUUUGGAAUGUCACCCCUGCCUUACAUGAAGAUGAUCUUCCCCCUCAUCAUGAUAGGGAUGAUCCCCAUCAGGUACAACCUGCUCCCGAGGAUCAUCGAGGCCAAGUACCUGGAUGCCAUGGAUGCAGAGUACUGAAGGCAGCAGGGACAGCUCCUCUGGGGCCACAAAAGGCGUGGGACCAUCCCCUGCCGUUUUCUUUCACCACUUUCCUCGUGCUCUGACGUUGGCAAUGCACUCCUGGCACAGCUCCACGGGGUCUGUGCCAGACCAAGGGAGCCUUGGACUUGAGAGGACGAUGCUCUCUGGAGCUGUGAGGCGAACAAGCUUUAUGGAAAAUGCUCCUUUCCACAACCCCAACCCCACAAACCCCAAAGAUCAGCCUGGCUGCACGGUUGGAGCAUCCAGAGUUGUCCUGGGUUCCCUUGUUUGAGGGCGGGGGGGGCUUUUGUAAUGCACCACAUCCUUCUCUUCCCCAACACUAAGAACAGCAACUGACCCUUGUUUUCUAGAAUGACAGCCCUGUCCUGGCCUUUGAAUCCAAUUCCCUGUGCACCCAGUAUUCCCAAAUUGGUGUUCUGGGUGGGAUGGCCUCGUGCUAAACCAGUGAUGUCAGGAGAGAUGGUGGCUGUUGUCUCAGAUUAAUGGGUUUGGAAACAGUUGCAAUGUGUACUGCUACAAGCCACAGCUUUGGAUGGAUUUUUAAUUCAUGCACAUGAGCUGGGAACAUUCAGAGGCUGGGCUCACAGAGCCCUGUGGAUGAAACCCCUUCUGGGUUUGAGCUGUUUGGGCAUUAGUUUGGAUCUUCCUCCCAUUUCUCCUGGGUAAUCAAACACAGAAUUGUAGGUUUUGCACAACUGCAGCAUUUUUUGCUUGCACCCAGAGGGCAGUUGUGUCGAGGUUACAUAUACAUAUGUACAGUAGUGCCUAUGUGUACAUAUAUACAUAUGGAGUUGUGUAUAUAUUUUGCAUAGAUAUACAAAUAGGCCUGGUUCUUUCCAAAUUCACAGGUGUUUUGUGCAGUCAGUGUUACCCACCAUGUCCUGACCAUAUACCUGUUCUCUGCUUCAGUGCUGCUUUUUCUCAUUUGAGAUAUGGUCACUUUUAUUCCUUUGGAAGCUGCUCAGUUACUGGUUUUGUUCAUGUGUUGCUUUAUUCAAGGUGUUUUCUUUGCUUUCUCCUUCCUGUGGCUUGAGACCUUCAUCAUUCUGUCUCGAGGCUCCAACAUGUGAAUUUUUCAUUUAAUUUUGAUGUACAGAAUGCAAUGAAAGUUUCCCUCUUUUCGCCUAAUCAACACUUGUUGGUCAUUUCAUUGUUUCUGUUGUGUAGCUGAUUUCCAGUUCCCCCCCCAACUCCCAGACGUUAUAUUAUAUUUCUGGAUGAAUCUUAA